GUGCGCUCCGCGCGCGUAGAGCCCCGCGAGCCCCAGCCGGGCCCGGGGCCGGGCGGGCCGAGGCGGCGGCCGGGGAGCAGCCGCACCCGCCAAACUUUGGGUGCCGGAGCGCGCGCGCGCCCGAGGCCCGAGGCGCAGCGGCCGGCCCGGGAUGGGGGCUGCGGGCCAGGGAGCCCCGGGCCGCCCAGCCAGCCCGGCUACCCGCCUGGGGGGCUCCGCGCCUCCUCUGCCCGCGCCCCGGGCGCCGCAGCCCCGUCACCCCGGCGCCGCCCGCGCCAGCGCCCGCUAGCCAGCUCCGGAGUCGCCGGAGCCCUGCGCCUGGAGGCGCCCCUGCCUGGGCCACCGGGGGCCACUCUUCGCUCGGGUAAACAGGAAAGGAAAUACCCCUCGUGGAUUAAAAUAAAAAAAAAAUCUGUUGGGGGCGAAGGAGGGAGGUGGGGUUUGCCUGCGCGCGUGUUGGACUCCAGAGAGCAACUCAGGAGCCCGCGCGCGGUCGUCGCCUCCCGGCCCGGCCAUGGACUGGCGGGAGGAGGGCGCAGGGCGCCUGGGCUGCUCAGGCCCCUAGCCGGGCGCUCCCUCGCCACCGGCCCCGCUCCGGGCCUCUAGGGAACUGAGACGGUCUCUUCUUCGCCUGGACGGCGCCGGGGAGCGGAGGAUCUGCGCACCGGGUCUCCAGGAUGUGCCCGUCUGAGAUGGGGACGCUGUGGCACCACUGGUCGCCUGUGCUCAUCAGCCUGGCCGCCCUGUUCUCCAAAGUGACGGAAGGUCGAGGGAUCCUUGAGAGCAUCCAGAGGUUUUCCUUGCUGCCCACCUACCUCCCUGUGACCUACCACAUCAACAACGCUGACGUCUCCUUCUUCCUGAAGGAGGCCAACCAGGAUAUCAUGAGGAACUCCAGCCUGCAGUCCCGGGUGGAGUCAUUUCUGAUUUACAAAUCGAAGAGGCUGCCUGUUCUCAAUGCCAGCUACGGGCCUUUCUCCAUCGAGCAAGUGGUGCCCCAGGAUUUAAUGCUACCUUCCAACCCGUUUGGAUUCACCAACAAAUUUUCUCUUAACUGGAAACUGAAAGCCCACAUCCUGCGGGACAGAGUCUACCUGAGCCGGCCCAAAGUGCAGGUUCUGUUCCACAUCGUGGGCAGAGACUGGGACGACCGCAGCGCCGGGGAGAAGCUGCCGUGCCUGAGGCUCUUUGCUUUCCGAGAGACCAGAGAGGUGCGGGGCAGCUGCCGGCUGAAGGGGGACCUGGGGCUGUGUGUGGCCGAGCUGGAGCUCCUGUCCAGCUGGUUCAGCCCCCCCACGGUGGUGGCCGGGAGGAAGAAGGCCGUGGACCAGCCGGAGGGGACCCCCGUGGAGCUCUACUACACCGUGCACCCAGGGGCUGAGCGAGGGGACUGCGUCAGGGAGGAUGCGAGGAAAAGCAAUGGGAUCCGGACAGGCCACAGUGACAUGGAUGAGUCCGGGCCCCCCUUGCAGAGGAUCGGGAGCAUCUUCCUUUACCAGACUCACAGGAAGCCUUCCCUGAGAGAACUGCGCCUGGACAGCAGCGUGGCCAUCCACUACAUACCAAAGACCGUGAGGAAAGGAGACGUGCUGACUUUCCCCGUUUCCAUCUCCAGAAAUUCCACUGAAGAUCGCUUCACGCUGAGGGCAAAGGUGAAGAAAGGCGUGAACAUCAUCGGUGUGCGAGCCAGCAGCCCUUCCAUUUGGGAUGUCAGGGAGCGCACGGAUUAUACUGGAAAGUAUGCACCAGCUGUCAUCGUUUGUCAGAAGAAAUCGGCUGGCUCGGAAACCAGUGCGGAUGGCGCCUCCUACGAGGUCAUGCAGAUCGACGUGGAGGUGGAAGAGCCCAGUGACCUGCCAGCCACACAGCUGGUCACGUGGCAGGUCGAGUACCCCGGAGAGAUCACGUCUGACUUAGGAGUGUCGAAGAUCUAUGUGAGCCCAAAGGACUUGAUUGGAGUUGUGCCACUGGCUAUGGAGGCAGAAAUUCUGAACACAGCCAUCCUCACGGGGAAGACGGUGGCCGUCCCGGUGAAAGUGGUCUCCGUGGAGGACGACGGCACAGUGACAGAGCUGGUGGAGUCUGUGGAGUGUAGAUCGUCUGAUGAAGACGUGAUUAAGGUUUCUGACAGAUGUGACUACGUCUUUGUCAAUGGGAAGGAAAUGAAAGGCAAGGUGAACGUGAUGGUGAACUUCACCUACCAGCACCUGAGCAGCCCCCUAGAGGUGACGGUGUGGGUGCCCCGACUUCCGCUGCAGAUAGAGGUCUCAGACACCGAGCUCAAUCAGAUCAAGGGCUGGCGAGUGCCCAUCGUCUCCAGCAGGAGGCCUGCUGGGGACAGUGAGGAAGAGGAAGACGAUGAGCGGAGGGGCCGCGGCUGCACCCUGCAGUACCAGCAUGCCAUGGUGCGGGUCCUGACGCAGUUUGUGGCUGAGGCGGCCGGCCCUGGGGGACACCUGGCCCACCUGCUGGGCUCAGACUGGCAAGUGGACAUCACAGAGCUGAUAAAUGACUUCAUGCAGGUGGAGGAGCCCAGGAUCGCCAAGCUGCAAGGUGGACAGAUCCUGAUGGGACAGGAACUUGGGAUGACCACCAUUCAGAUCCUGUCUCCUCUGUCAGACACCAUCCUCGCUGAAAAGACCAUCACCGUGCUGGACGAGAAGGUGACCAUCACAGACCUCGGGGUGCAGCUGGUGACAGGGCUGUCGCUCUCCUUGCAGCUCAGCCCAGGAAGCAACAGAGCCAUCUUUGCCACUGCAGUGGCUCAGGAACUUCUGCAGAGGCCAAAACAGGAAGCAGCCAUCAGUUGCUGGGUCCAGUUCAGUGAUGGCUCAGUCACACCCUUGGAUAUUUAUGAUGGGAAAGACUUCUCCUUGAUGGCCACAUCUUUGGAUGAGAAGGUGGUCUCCAUCCACCAAGACCCCAAAUUCAAGUGGCCCAUCAUUGCUGCAGAAACCGAAGGACAAGGCGCCCUGGUCAAGGUGGAAAUGGUUAUUAGUGAAUCCUGCCAGAAAUCCAAGCGGAAGAGUGUGUUAGCUGUUGGAACAGCAAACAUCAAAGUUAAAUUUGGCCAAAAUGAUGCUAACCCCAACACCAGUGACAGCAGACACACAGGGGCAGGGGUUCACCUGGAAAACAAUGUCAGUGACAGAAGGCCCAAAAAACCCUUGCAGGAAUGGGGGAGUCAGGAAGGACAGUACUAUGGCAGUUCUUCCAUGGGACUCAUGGAGGGACGGGGCACCACGACAGACAGGUCCAUCCUGCAGAAGAAGAAAGGCCAGGAAAACCUCUUCGAUAACGACAGCCACUUGCAGACUGUCCCCAGUGACCUCACCAGCUUCCCAGCCCAGGUGGACCUCCCCAGAAGCAAUGCGGAAAUGGAUGGGAAUGACCUUAUGCAGGCAUCCAAAGGGCUGAGCGACUUAGAAAUUGGGAUGUAUGCUUUGUUGGGUGUCUUCUGUUUGGCCAUUUUGGUCUUCUUGAUAAAUUGUGUGACCUUUGCUUUAAAAUACAGACACAAACAGGUUCCCUUCGAGGAGCAGGAAGGGAUGAGUCACUCUCAUGACUGGGUUGGGUUAAGCAACCGGACAGAGCUGUUGGAGAAUCACAUCAACUUUGCCUCCUCACAAGAUGAGCAAAUCACUGCCAUUGACAGGGGUAUGGAUUUCGAGGAAAGUAAAUAUCUCCUCAGCACAAACUCCCAAAAAAGCAUCAAUGGGCAGCUGUUCAAACCUUUAGGACCCAUCAUCAUCGAUGGGAAAGACCAGAAAAGUGAUCCCCCAACAUCCCCUACCUCAAAAAGGAAAAGGGUGAAAUUUACCACCUUCACCGCCGUCUCCUCCGACGACGAGUACCCCACCAGGAACUCCAUCGUGAUGAGUAGCGAGGAUGACAUUAAGUGGGUCUGCCAGGAUCUGGACCCUGGGGACUGCAAAGAGCUGCACAACUACAUGGAGAGAUUACAUGAAAAUGUGUAAGCCAGACACACGCAGACAUUGGUUCUCACUCACCUUUCAGCCUUUAAUUCCAGGAUGUGUAGCAACGGUGCCCCCGGAAGAGAAACAAAGCAACAGGACAAAAUAAGGAUGACGCUGUCCAUGGAGCCUCAGCCAGUGACCCCGGUUCAGCAGCGAGGCCUGGAGUCCGCAUCGACGCACACAUUCCAGAGUACAGUGUCUUGCUUAAGAGGUUUAUCAUGCAUGGCAAGAUUUUUCAGACUUGAAACAAAAACGAGUUUGGAAUCACUGAGCAUCUGAGUUUCCAGGAAAGAACAGCCUCUCUCUCUCUCUCGAAUCAAAGCAGUUUGGAUAUUGUAAAAUCCACAUGGCUCCAAUAUUCGAUAUUGCAGACUACGGGAGAAAAGCGCAACUCAGGUGGAGCAUCCAUGGAUCAAUGGGAGGAAGCUGUCCUCGAAACCGGAGCAGCACAUCUCGCUGUGAGCGAGAUCACGGGCGGUCCAGUGCCGCCGUCCGCUGGGGGAGGCAUGACUGGGAGUCAUUGUCUCUCAAAGGCUGGGCCAGAGCUGGCUCAGAUCAUGGGCAGGCCAAGGCAGUGGCUGACAAGGACUGAAAGGGAACAUGUGGGCUAACAGGCCACAAAUACCUUUGUAACUACAUGCCAAGGACAAAUACACGGACACAAAUCCUCUGAGCCCUUCAGGGCACUUCUUUAUUUGUAAACUAAGGAUACUGGGCAUAGAAUUUGAAUCAGGUUCAAAGAACCAGGCUCUUUUGAUUCCUAUCAAGUUCACAAUGUAUCCAUUUCUAUUCCUCCACUGCAUUGCCACCCUCCCCAGAGCAGCUGGUCACCCGUGGGUGGGGGAGGGAGAGGGCAGUUUCUAGUGUUAGCUGAGUCUUUUUUCUCCCUCUGGGUUUUGUGUCAACUCCCAAGUGACAUUCUAUAAAGAAGCUCCCCCCACAGACCUGGGCGUAUGUCCCACGCUGUCCGUCUUUGAAGAGGCUGGUCUCUGGGCAUGGGCGGUACUCACAGUGAAUUCCACCCCAGGGGAUAGACACUCCCUUGCUUUUCUAGAAAGAAAACAGGGCCACUUGGGACAGGUCUUUCACUGUUCAUGGCAGAUCUCCUGUCCAAGAAUGUGCCCUCGAGGCUGUUGAGACAAAUCUGGGUGCCUGUGUGGAAUGUGCAGGACGUGUGGAGUUGGGGGGUUCUGGGUGUGAAUGCGGUGGGUCCAGCAGGAAGCCUGGCCUCGCACACACCGGACAGCACAGAAGCCUUCUUCGCCUUGGAGGUGUGAAGGGAUGAGGGGCGUCUGCGUGUGGUGGAGAUGCAGGUCUGCAAGCACUUGGUCCUGCAGUCAGCCCCAAAAGGUUUUGCAUUGCUUGAGAUCAGCAUGACUCAGGAUAUCCCUGAAUCCCCUCACUUAUGGAGCCUAUGAAGAUGGGGAGAAGGAGACAUCAGCGAAUUCCUGCCCCAUAUCACGCUCACUCCAAGGUAGAGAAUGGUGUGUUGGGUGCCAGCCAGAUAGGAUCCUGAGAAAGAUGGUAGGGGGCAGCGGGUGGAGGGCAGAAGAGGCCGUGCUGUUGAAUCCAUUCCAUUUUUCACUCUUUGUCAUUUUCUUUCUCUCUGCUCUUUCGAUGUCUGUUUUCCAGUCUGUUUGUGUGUGUCUCUCUCUCUCCUCCUUUGAACCUAUCUCCCUGCUUCCUCUCUGUCUCUAAUUUUGAGUGUGUGUCUUUACGCCUUCUCCCUCUCCGUAGAAUUGAAUUCUCUUUAGAUCAUGUGUGUGUAAAUUUCACCAGUUUACCCUUCCAACCUUAGCCCUCUCCCCUGCAACUGUGGUGCUAUCAGUUUGCUCUUGAGACUGGGGUUUCUGCAGCCAGUAAGUCACCUGCUCUUGUCCGCAAGCUUACCUACCUUGUUUGGUUGGGUGAUUAAGCUGUCACCCCUUUUGAUGAGAACCCUUUGCUUUCAGUAAUGUCCUCAUAUUUCUUUCCAUUCUUACCUGUGUCAUGUUCUGUUGAGUACUGCAGCCACUGCCCACUCCCAAAUCCAUCUACGUGUAGAAUGUACUGUAGAUUGUAAGAAUGUAAUAUAUAUUUAUAAACUUACUGACUGUAAAUAUAAAGUUUGCAUUCAGUGGC